UUUUGUACUUGUCGGGAUUGACCGUUGACCUUCACCCGGAAGCUGCACAGAUUGAUCGUGUUUUGUUGUCAAAGUUGUUGCUGCGCAGCUCCGUGUAGGUUUCCUCUCCCAACGCGAAUUGCGUCCAGAUGGCCGACGGUGAGAUUGUGAACAGCUCUGCUGAUAACCAGGAGGUGACGCCAUCUGGUAAGAAAUCUGGAUGUGCCUCGCUGCUCGAUAGUGGGGAAGACUUUUCAAUGCUGGAUGAUGUGGAAGACGACGUGGAUGAUGACCUCCCGCCUUUAGAAGAUGCAGGUGGAGGAAAGAAGAAAGACAGUCCCACUAAAGACGCUACAAAAGCAGAUGCAGUUGCAGAUCGAACUCCUUCUACAGAACUGGAAGAGUGGCUGGAUGUAUUAGGAAAUGGGCAGCUUAGAAAGAAAGUUGUGGAAACCGGAACUGGUCCAGACAGCAGACCCCAGAGAGGCCAAAAUGUCACAAUUCAUCUUAAAACCACUCUUACUGAUGGAACUGUGGUAGAAGAGCUGCCAAACAUAUCUUUUACACUUGGUGAUGGGGACGUCCUCCAGGUGCUGGAUCUUACUGUACAGCUGAUGGAAAUGAGCGAAAAGGCGUUGAUUGAA